AUGUCUCUGCACGUCCCCAUGGCGCAUCGCGCAAAGGACCAGGGCGCCACCAAGGCCGUUAUCCUGGUCGGUGGCCCUUCGCGAGGCACCCGCUUCCGCCCCCUCUCCCUCGACGUCCCCAAGCCCCUCUUCGAGGUCGCCGGUCACCCCAUCAUCUGGCACUGCCUCAGCUCCGUCGCCCGCGUCCCGAACAAGCAGAUCCAGGAGGUCUACAUCAUUGGCUACUACGAUGAGUCUGUCUUCCGCGACUUCAUCAAGGACUCCGCCAAGGAGUUCCCCGCCAUCACCAUCAAGUACCUCCGCGAGUACGAGGCGCUCGGUACCGCUGGUGGUCUCUACCACUUCCGCGAUGCCAUCCUCAAGGGCCGCCCGGAGCGCCUCUUUGUCCUCAACGCCGAUGUCUGCUGCUCCUUCCCCCUCGAUGAGAUGCUGCGCCUCUUCAUCGAGAAGGAUGCCGAGGCCGUCAUCCUCGGUACCCGCGUGAGCGACGAGGCUGCCACCAACUUCGGCUGCAUCGUCUCCGACGCCCACACCCGCCGUGUGCUGCACUACGUCGAGAAGCCCGAGUCUCGCAUUAGCAACCUCAUCAAUUGCGGUGUCUAUCUCUUCUCUACUGAGGCCAUCUUCCCCUCCAUCCGCUCUGCCAUUAAGCGCCGCCUUGAUCGACCCUCUCGCCUCGUCUCUUACCCCUCCUCCGAUAACCUCGAGAACAGCUUCAUCCUCCCCGACGACGACGAUGAUGAUGAGGGCAAGAAGAACGAGGUCAUCCGCCUCGAGCAGGAUAUCCUGAGUGAUAUGGCCGACAGCAAGCAGUUCUACGUCUACGAGACUAAGGACUUCUGGCGUCAGAUCAAGACUGCUGGCUCCGCCGUCCCCGCCAACGCCCUCUACCUCCAGCAGGCCGCCCAGGCCGGCAGCGACGAGCUCUCUGCACCCAGCGUCAACAUUGUGCCCCCGGUCUUCAUCCACCCCACCGCCGAUGUCCACCCCACCGCCAAGCUGGGCCCCAACGUGAGCAUUGGUCCCCGUGUCACCGUUGGCGCUGGCGCCCGCAUCAAGGAGAGUGUUGUCCUCGAGGACUCCGAGGUCAAGCACGAUGCCUGCGUCCUCUACUCUAUCAUCGGCUGGGGCAGCCGGAUCGGUGCUUGGGCACGUGUUGAGGGCACUCCUCUCCCCGCCGGCAGCCACUCGACCAGCAUCAUCAAGAACGGCGUCAAGGUCCAGAGCAUCACCAUUCUCGGCAAGGACUGCGGUGUUGGCGAUGAGGUUCGCGUGUCAAACUGUAUCUGCUUGCCCUACAAGGAGCUGAAGCGGGACGUCUCUAACGAGGUCAUCAUGUAA